AUGCGCAUAAUGCAGCUAGCUCUUCUCGCUGCCCUGUGCCUGCUCGUGUGCUCAAGCAGCGGCGUUUAUGCUGCCGCUGCACUGCCCAGCGCGCUCGUGCGCCACGCGAAGGACCCUAAGUGCGUCAUGAAGGGGCACUGCGGCGCGAACGACUUCGGUGACGACAUGCCGUGCGUCAGCCACUCCGCACCUACGCCGAUCGAGGACGCAGACGCACAGCAACAGCUCCAGAGCUUGUGCCCCGAAGUGUGGGCCGAGGGCCAGGCGGCGAACGGCACGUUCUGCUGCAGCGCGGAGCAGGUCUCGGGCCUCGCGAUGCAGGUCGAGCUCGCCCUCGUCUUCAUCGAGGGCUGUCCGGCCUGCAGCCAUAACUUCCGCCACUUCUUUUGCUCGUUCACGUGCUCGCCGCGCCAGGCCGAGUUCGUGCGGGUCACCGCGUCGAAGCCCGUCGCCGAGCCGACGACGCCGCCCGCGCCGCCGCCGACGCCGACCGCGGCGCCGAACGCGACGCACUCGAGAGACCUACACGGCAACGUAGGGAAAAAGAACAAGGACGGCGAGCAGGUGCUGGCGGUCGACUUCGCCGUCGCGGAGGCGUUCGGCGAGGCGUUCUACGCGUCGUGCAAGGACGUGACGUACUCGACGGCCAACGCUAGGGCCAUGACAUACAUUGGCGGCGACGCGAAGAACUACCAGGAGUGGUUCGAGUUCCUCGGGCUCAGGAAGGACAAACGGCGCCCGCCGGCCGGCAGCCCGAUCCAGAUCGACUUCCCGGACUGCGACUCCGGUCCCGCCCCGGCGGUCGGUGGCGGCAGCAACAGCUCGGCGUGCGAUGGGUUUCAGCCGCUGAACUCGACGCUGCCGUCGUGCGGGGACAAAGCGUUCCUGUGCUCGUGCGGGGACUGCCCUGCGGCGCCGAUGUGCGCGCCGCCGGAGCCGCCGGAGCCCGCGGAGGGUCCGUCGUGCCGCCUCUUUGCGGGCGCGCUCCGCGUCCCGUCGGUGACGUGCCUCGACCUCGGGACGCUCGCGGCUCUCGCUGCGACGCUGGGCAUCAUCGUGCUCUGGGCGCGGCACGCCGACGCCCCCGUGGAUCACUCGAGCGAGGGGUGGUGUUCCGCAGCAGACCCCCCCGGCACCGCGUCAGGUCCGGACGACGGGGACGUCGCGGCCACGGCGCACAAGCCGGCGGGCGGGUUCGAAGGCAAGCUCGGCGUGUUGUUCGGCGAGAUCGGGCGCGCGUGCGUGCGCAGGCCGUGGAGGACGAUCGCGUGGGCGGCGGGCGUCGCGCUGGUGCUGUCGUGCGGGCUGUCGCAGCUGCGCGUCGAGGCGGACCCUGAGCGGCUGUGGGUAGCGAAGGGCUCGCGGGCCGCCACGGACAAGGCGCGGUACGAGGACGCGUUCGGCGCGUUUUAUCGCGUUGAACAAAUGAUCGUCAAAGUGGACGAACCGGGCGCGGGGAACGGGACGGCGGCGGCGAUCGGGUCCGAGGAGGCCAUCUUGGCGAUGUUCGACGUGCAGGACCUGGUGGACGGGAUCGAGGCGCCGUACAAGGCGGAGGACGGGAGCGACGCAGUGGCAGUGGCGCGGCUGGCAGACAUCUGUGCCAAGGCGUUCGACGACGAGCCCUGCGUGUUCCAGACCGUUCUGCAGUACUGGCAGAUGUCGCGCGACGCGUUCGUCAACGGCACAGGCCCGUACGGCGAGCGCAAGCCUCUGAGGUACUGUCUCGAUCACUGGUCGUCGGAGUGCUUCUCGGACUACGGCGCGCCGGUGGAUCCCGCCGUGGUGCUUGGGGGCUACCCACGCGGCGCUCCGCCGUCCGCGGGCCUCGCCGACAACGCCACCGCCUUCGUCGUCACGUACCCGGUGUCCUCGGACCCGGCGCUCGCGCGGGCGGCCGAGGCGUGGGAGGCCGCGUUCGUGCAUCUGUUGACGGAGGACACCGCAGUGCGCGACAUCCUCGCGGCGCGUGGGCUGACGUUCAGCUUCAGCACGCAGCGGUCCGUGCAGGACGAGCUCGCGCGCGAGACCGGCGAAGACGCCGGCACCGUCGCGCUGUCUUACUUCGCGAUGCUGCUCUACAUUGCCGCCGCGCUGUCCAAGUGGCCCGGGGGGGGUGUCGGGCUGCUUCAGCUGACGGUGCACACGAAGGUCGGGCUCGGUGUGGGCGGCGUCGCGAUCGUGGCGGCGUCGGUGUCGUCCGCGGUGGGGCUGUGCAGCGCGGCGGGCAUUCCGGCGACGCUCAUCUCGCUGGAAGUUAUUCCGUUCCUGGCGCUCGCGGUCGGCGUGGACAAUAUGUUCAUCCUCGCGGACGGCGCCGAGGCGUUCGGGCUCGAGCAGCGCGGGCGCGCCACGGGCGGGCAGCGCGCGGCGGCGGCGCUGGCGAGCAAGGGGCCGUCAAUCGCGCUCGCGGCGGCCUCCGAGCUGCUGGCGUUCGCGACGGGCGCGCUGUCCGCGACCCCCGCGGUGCGGUACUUCUCGAUCGUCGCGGCGACGACGAUCGCGACGAACUUCGCGCUGCAGGUCACCGCGUUCGUCGCCCUGCUGGCCAUCGACGGCACGCGCACCGAUUCCGGGCUCUCGGAGUGCUACAUGUGCGAUCCGUCGCGCGCAGACGGCCUGCACCGCCUCUCCUCGCACGUCAGCGCUCCGGACGGCAACGCCGGCGGCGCCGAGCUCGCCCCCCCGGACGCAGAGACCCCCCUGCUGCCCCCGAGUCAGGCGGUGGAGCCGCGCCCGACGGACAGCCACUCGGAGGCCCCGCACGCGGACGCGGCUCCGUCCGACUCCUCGGAGCACUCUUUCGCCGCCGUCGCGCGGCGCGGCGGGCCCGUGUCGCGCUACAUGCGCGACAUACACGCGCCGCUGCUGUGCCGCCGUGGGCCGCAAGCGGCGGUGCUGGCGGGCUUCGCGUGCGCGGUCGCGCUGUCCAUCGUGUCGGUGCAGCGCGCGCCCAUCGGGCUGGACCAGCGCCUCGCGCUGCCGUCCGACUCAUAUCUCCAGGGCUACUUUGGCGACAUUGCGUCAGUUCUGAGGGUUGGCGCGCCGCUGUUCUUCGUCGUGACGGACCUCGACGUGCACCGCAACGCAACGGACAUCAACGCGCUGUGCUCGACGGCCGGCUGCGACGCCGACUCGGUGCUCAACCAGGUCGCGGCGGCCUCGCGGGAACCAUGGAAAUCAUAUAUCGCGACCCCCGCCGCGUCCUGGAUCGACGACUACCUCUCCUGGAUCUCCCCCAGCCUCCCAGAGUGCUGCCGCCACGACGACAUGGGCCGCUACUGCCCGCCGGACGAUCAGCCCCCCUGCGGCAGCCCCGGCGCUGCGCGUCGCUCCCUGGAGCUCCUCCUAGGCGCGCCGGACCUCGACGGGCCGGAGUGCGCGUCCUGCCACACGUGCUUCCGAUCCACGGGCGCCGCGGGGCCGGACCUGCUCGUCGGCGACCGCCCGACGCUCGGGCAGGUGCAGCAAUCGUUGCCGUGGUUCCUGCAAGCGCGUCCGUCGGCUCGGUGCGCGAAGGGGGGCCAGGGGGUGUAUUCCGGCGCGCUGCAGCGCAGCGACCGCGGCGGCAUCGUGGGCCUCGGCGCCGGCGCGAUCCGAGCCAGCAGCUUCCGGACGUAUCACACCCCCCUCUCCGAGCAGUCAGACUACAUCGCGGCUCUCGAGUCAGCCUGGAGCCUGUCCGACGCGUUCUCCGCGCGGCUCGGGCGCGAGGUGUACCCCUACUCCCUCUGGCACGUCUUCUUCGAGCAGUACCUCGGAGUUCGCGGGCAGGCGUUCACGAUGCUCACGUCGGCGAUCGCGGCGGUGUUUGUCACGUGCGCGGUGACGACGGGGUCGGUGUGGGGCGCGACGCUCGCGCUCGCGUGCAUCUCGUCGACCGUGCUCUGCCUGGCCGGCGCGUGCGCGGCCUGGGGCCUCACGCUCAACGCCGUGGCGCUGGUCAACCUGGCGAUGGCAGUUGGGAUAUGCGUGGAGUUCAAUUCGCACGUGCUGCUGGCGUUCCUGCACGCGCGGGGCACGCGGACGGCGCGCGUGCAGGCCGCGCUCGGCGAGACCGGCGCGUCGGUCGUCCGCGGCAUCACGCUGACGAAGCUGGUGGGCGUGGCGGUGCUGGCGACAGCGCCGACGCAGAUCUUCCGGGUUUUCUACUUCCGGAUGUAUCUCGUGCUCGUGGCCGCGGGCGCGGCGCACGGGCUCGUGCUGCUGCCCGUGCUGCUCGCGCUCGUGGGGCCGCGGGCGGCGGGGAACGGCCAGGAGGAGUGGGGGGCGUCCAGGGGGUGGGAUGCUGCGCCGGAAGGCGGGGGGGUGUCGGAGCUGAUGGACCGCGCGCGGAGGGGCGCGCAGGCGGUGCGCAGUGUGUUCGUGGGGGCGGCGGGGCGGGAGGGCGAGGUGGAGACGGAGGAGGACGUGAGAGAGAGUGCCUAG